AUGACCGAGGAAGAGUCAACCUCCCCACAGAUCUCUGUCAGCUUCGUCUCCGAAGACGCCAACGAACUCGGCGGCUCCGGAAUCUUGGUUCCUGUGGAUAUUUCAACGAAUCAGUUGCAAAUUCUUUGUAAUCAGUUGCUUGGAAGCAGCGAUGACCCAGUGCCAAUUUCUUUCUUCACACAAGAUGGCUCGGAAAUCGUGGAUAAUAUUCGGAAGUCACUCAAGGAAAUUGAUUUUGAAACGACCCUAAAAUUAGUUUAUCAACCUCAAGCAGUGUUCCGUGUGCGUCCAGUCACCAGAUGUUCCGCCAGUAUUCCAGGACACGGAGAACCAGUCAUCUCCGCUCAAUUCAGUCCCGAUGGUCGUGGUCUAGCUUCCGGAUCCGGUGACCAAACAAUGCGAAUCUGGGAUAUCGAGCUGGAACUUCCAUUGCAUACGUGCAAAGCUCAUAAAAAUUGGGUUCUAUCUAUCGCCUGGUCGCCAGAUGCCACGAAGAUUGCAUCAGCUUGCAAGAACGGAGAAAUUUGUAUUUGGGAUGCUAAAACUGGACAGCAAGUUGGGAAAACCCUCAAAAGACAUAAACAGUGGAUCACAAGCCUUGCCUGGCAACCAAUGCACAGAGACGCCACGUGUCGCCUGCUAGCUUCAUCCGGAAAAGAUGGCAACAUUUUCAUCUGGGACACAGUCAAAGGCACAGUUGUUAGAUGUUUGAGUGGUCACACUGCAUCUGUAACUUGCUUGCGAUGGGGUGGAGAAGGUCUCAUUUAUUCUGGAUCCCAAGAUCGUACUGUCAAGAUGUGGAGAGCUGACGAUGGAGUGAUGUGCAGGAAUAUGACUGGCCACGCCCACUGGAUUAAUACGCUGGCACUGAAUACGGAUUAUGCACUGCGAACGUCGUGUUUUGAGCCUAGCAAGAGAUGUAUCAAGCCGGAAACUGUGGAAGACUGUCAAAAGGUGGCCCAACAACGCUACGAUGCAGCCAUUAAGAUCGCUGGAGGAGAAAGACUUGUUUCAGGAUCCGACGACUUUACUCUAUUCAUGUGGAAUCCAAAAGAAACGAAGCAAUCAAUUAAUAGAAUGACUGGGCAUAUGCAGCUUGUUAACCAGGUGGUAUUCUCUCCUGAUACGCGUUACAUUGCAUCGGCGUCAUUCGAUAAGUCGGUGAAGCUAUGGUGUGGAAGGACCGGAAAGUAUAUUGCUUCGUUCAGAGGUCAUGUUGGCCCAGUCUACCAAGUUGCCUGGUCUGCUGACAGUCGUCUUCUGGUAUCUGGAUCCGCUGAUUCGACACUCAAAGUUUUCGAGCUCAAAACCAAGAGCUUGUACUAUGACCUGCCGGGACAUGGAGACGAAGUGUUCACCGUUGACUGGAGUCCAGAAGGAACGAAAGUUGUUAGUGGCGGAAAGGAUAAGGUGCUCAAACUGUGGAGACAAUAA